AUGUCAAGCUAUAACUACAUUAUCAAGUACAUCAUUGUCGGAGAUUCAGGUGUUGGAAAGUCAUGCCUUUUGCUCCAAUUCACCGACAAAAGAUUCUAUUCUGGCCGUGAACUUACCAUUGGUGUCGAAUUUGGUACAAAAUUCAUUACUGUUGAUGGCAAGCAAGUAAAACUACAGAUCUGGGAUACUGCCGGUCAAGAGAGUUUUAGAAGCAUUACACAAAGUUAUUACAGAGGAGCAGCAGGAGCAUUGUUAGUUUAUGAUAUCUCAAGAAGAGAGUCAUUUGAACAUAUACCAAUGUGGUUGGCAGAUGUCCGUAAACAUGCCAACCCACACACUACAAUUAUGUUGAUUGGUAACAAGAGUGAUUUGGAUCCACGCCAACGACAGGUGACACACGAAGAAGCAGCAAAAUUUGCAAAAGAUAACGAUAUCCCAUUAUUCCUCGAGACUUCUGCAAAAUCAUCGGAUAAUGUAGAAGAGGCAUUUAUCAAGACAGCAGAAGAUGUAUAUGCUAAGAUCAAGGAUGGUGUAUUUGCCAACAACGAGACAUCAGGUAUCCGACUAGGUCCACAAGCAAGUGCACUUGGAGAAGAGACACAAUCAGGAGCAUGCUGCUCUUGAAAAAAAACCUUAAUGCUCUUUUCUCUAUUAUUCCUUCUUUUUUUUUCACCUUUAUGUAAUAAACGCCAAAGCCAUUUUUAACAUUGAUU